AUGCAAAGACAAGUCGUGAUGAUUGAUUUGCCAAAAUACAAGGAAAAAGUUGAUAGAUUUGGAGCGGAUCUUGCAAUUAAAGGUUGUAUGGUGAACAAUGCCGACUUUGAUCGGGAUAAUAUGCUUUAUGCUUAUUUUACAAGAUGGUGGGAACUUUUUGGCGGCUCAACUCCUCAUUUGAAAAAGAUUGCAAUGAGGAUUCUUUCUUUAACUAGUAGCUCAUUGGGUUGUGAAAGAAAUUGGAGCACGUUUGAAGCGAGAAAAGAUAGGACUUUGGAAGUGCUUUUAGCAAAUGAUUCUCACUCGGCUCAAGAAUGGAUUAUAGAUGGAGAUGACGGUGAUGGGGAUGAAGUUGACCCCGAAUCAGUUAUGGAAGCGAUUGAUGAAGCUCUCAAGACUAAUGAUAAUCAAGUACCCCGUAAAAGUUCAACAACGAGAGAACUUUAUGAUGAAGAUUUCGAAUCUGAGAAUGAGGAGCAAGUGUUUGAAGAAGAUGAAUAUGAGUCGGAUGGAGUUAAAAUAGUGGAAGAGCUUUAA